GAAGUGGCCUUGCGGUACCGGACGUGGGGCGGGGCCUUCUCCGCCCCCCGCCCCGGGCGAGCUUCCUAAAACGAACGAACUCAGCCGGCGUCUCGCAAUGGAGACGGUCACAUCUUCAGAUAGCUCCUCAGCUGUGGAAAAUGAGCAUCCUCAAGGAAGCUACUGGAAGAUGUGCUCCACCAAAACAAGGGAGUAAUCAAAAAGAUGAAAACAUGGGAUACAGGACACACGAAUGCCAAUACAGGAGAGACGUGAAAGGGGUCCCUUGGAUGGUGAAGAAGGAAGAUUUCAGGAUGACAGCAGUGCACACCAGGCAAACCAGCCCAGAUUUGAGCAGACACCCCAGAAUCCAACAAUAGCGUGUACACUUCCUUCAUGAAGUCUCAUCGCUGCUAUGACCUGAUUCCCACAAGCUCAAAAUUGGUUGUAUUUGAUACCUCCCUGCAGGUGAAGAAAGCUUUCUUUGCUUUGGUGACUAAUGGUGUCCGAGCUGCCCCUUUAUGGGAUAGUAAGAAGCAAAGUUUCGUGGGCAUGCUGACCAUCACUGAUUUCAUCAAUAUCCUGCACCGCUACUAUAAAUCAGCCUUGGUACAGAUCUAUGAGCUGGAAGAACACAAGAUAGAAACUUGGAGAGAGGUGUACCUACAGGACUCCUUUAAACCGCUUGUCUGCAUUUCUCCUAAUGCCAGCUUGUUUGAUGCUGUCUCUUCAUUAAUUCGAAACAAGAUCCACAGGCUGCCAGUUAUUGACCCAGAGUCCGGGAACACCUUGUACAUCCUCACCCACAAGCGCAUCCUCAAGUUCCUCAAGCUGUUUAUCACUGAGUUCCCCAAGCCCGAGUUCAUGUCUAAGUCUCUGGAAGAGCUACAGAUUGGCACCUAUGCCAACAUUGCUAUGGUCCGCACUACCACCCCUGUCUAUGUGGCUCUGGGCAUCUUUGUACAGCACCGAGUCUCAGCCCUGCCAGUGGUGGAUGAAAAAGGGCGUGUGGUGGACAUCUACUCCAAGUUUGAUGUUAUCAACCUGGCAGCAGAAAAGACCUACAACAACCUAGAUGUAUCUGUGACCAAAGCCCUGCAACAUCGAUCACAUUACUUUGAAGGUGUCCUCAAGUGCUACCUGCAUGAGACCCUGGAAACCAUCAUCAACAGGCUGGUAGAAGCAGAGGUUCACCGACUUGUAGUGGUGGAUGAGAAUGACGUGGUCAAGGGAAUUGUAUCGCUGUCUGACAUCCUGCAGGCCCUGGUGCUCACAGGAGGAGAGAAGCCCUGAGCUGGGGGCGGGGGGGGCAGUGUCAGACAGCACCAGGGGACAGGCCUGCUCACUGCCUGCCCAAAGCGCUGGGAACCACAGAUGACACCUUUAGAGAAUUGUGACUCUGUUCCCUGCCCCGAGCCCCCUACCCUUCCACGUGGAAGCGAGGGGAGGUGUGGGGGAAGGAAGGAGAAUGGAUUUUUAGCUGUCCUUAUCCUCGCACUUGAGGAAAACUUUCAGCCUAGCCCAUCCUAGCCCCUGUCCUCUUAGACGUAGCCCCCUUUCUGGGUGAACUAUGGGCUCUGUGCUCCUCAGGCAAAUUCUGAUCUCUAAGAGAUCCCCAGACCUCACCCAGCCUUUGCCUCUGUCUCUGCCCCUGACUCCACCCUAAGGUCACAGGCACAACAAACGUCUUCAUGAAGAUAUUUUUAUUCAACCUGUUUCAUGCUGUAUGGAGGAGGCUGAGUCCAUGUAGUGGGCUGUCUUCCCAUAAUGGGAGUUGGGAGGCUGAUGGGGAAGAGGGCCUUUGGGUUCCCGUGCUGUAUGCAGAUAAAGGGAGAUGAGAGUUAGGUGGAGGGGAGGGCACAGUGGUUAGCUGAGGUUAUUGCUUUUCGUGGCAAACCUAAUUAAAAUGACAGGAGUCUCUUCAUGGUA